AAGAAAUCUCAAUGUUUUGCAAAUAUAUACAUAUAUAAAUAUAUGUGUGAUUAUAUUUUUUUUUUGCAAGAUUGAUGGAAAACUUGAAGCGCCAAAGAUGGUAAAGGAGUGGGGAAACAACGGAAGUAAAUGUUGGUUAUGUUUCACAAACGUGACAGGUCUCGUCCUCAAUGGAUCUGGUAUCCUCCAUCCCCAUGGCGAAGCUUGGUGGUCCUCUAUUGAGCACUCCCACCGACCACGAACAAUAGGAUUUAAUGGGAGUAGUAACAUUAUAUAUAAUGGACUAACCCAAAUGAAUAGCCCAAAGAAUCACAUUUCUAUUUUAAAUUGCACCAACGUAACUUUAUCAAAUUUUCAUCUAAUCGCACCUAAAGAUAGUCCAAAUACUGAUGGCAUUGAUAUUGCUCUUUCAAACAAUAUCCGGAUUUUUAACUCAUCUAUCCAAACCGGUGAUGAUUGUGUUGCGAUAAAUGGUGGUUCGUAUGAUAUCAACAUAACUCAUGUAGCAUGUGGUCCAGGUCAUGGCAUCAGUAUUGGAAGUUUGGGGAGAGGUGGGGAAAACGAUACGGUACAGAACGUGAAAGUAAGACACUGCAGCUUCAAUGGAACAAAAAAUGGAGCAAGAAUAAAGACUUGGACUGGAGGACAAGGGAUCGCCAAAAAUAUAUUAUACGAGAAUAUAACAUUAACAGAUGCCAAUUACCCUAUCAUCAUCGAUCAACAUUACUGUAAUGGUGGCCACAACUGUACAAAAGAGGCGACAACUGCUGUGAAAGUGAGCAAUGUGACAUUUAGAUACUUUAAAGGGACAUGUGCAAAUAAUAUUGCCAUAAAACUAGAUUGUGAUGAAGUAACUGGUUGUCAAGAUAUCGUGAUGGAACACAUCAACAUCACUUCUUCAUCUACGAAUAUGCCCCUAACCGCAUAUUGUCAAUUUGCGGAUAUAGUUAGUCACUUUGUCUCGAUGCAUAUCAAAUGUGGUUUCAAUGAAGAACCUUUAGUACCAGUUAGACCUCCACGACAUGUUGAACCUCCAACGCCGCCGACUAAACCUCCAACCAUGUUUCCUAAACCUCUGGCACCAGCUAAACCUCCGGUAUACUAUGCUAAACCUCCGGUAUACUAUGCUAAACCUCCAGCACCGAAUGCUCAACCUCUAGCACCGAAUGCUCAACCUCCAAUGUUGUCUUUUCUUUCUUACUUUAUUUAAAAUAUUUAUUGUGAAGUUUCUAUCGCAUUUACUAUAUCAAAACAGUGUGAUGAGAUGGUCACUAGAGAAUUAACGAACAAAUCUGUAAAACAGAAAGUUAAUACACUAAAAGUUUAUAC